GGCGAUGAAUGUUUUUAUUAUGAAGUAAUAUUUGCACCUCGAUUUUAAAAAAUUUUUAAUAUAAUUAUUAUUUCAUGAAACAUGUCUGAAGGAGCAAAAAUUAUACUUGUAACUGGUGGAACAGGACUAGUUGGUAGAGCUAUCCAAAAUAUUAUUGAAACGAAUAAAAAUGAAAAUGAGAAAUGGAUAUUUGUGGGAUCUAAAGAUGCAGAUCUAUGUAACAAACAAAGUACAGAGAAAUUGUUUGAAACACAUAAGCCCACGCAUGUUAUUCACUUAGCUGCUAUGGUUGGUGGUUUAUUCCACAAUAUGACACACAAUUUGGACUUUUUGCGCAGGAAUAUUCAUAUGAAUGAUAAUGUAUUACAAACUGCCCAUGAAAAUGGUGUUGUUAAAGUCAUAUCAUGUUUGUCAACUUGUAUAUUUCCAGACAAAACAACAUAUCCUAUUAAUGAAUUCAUGAUUCAUAAUGGCCCACCUCACCCAUCUAAUUAUGGUUAUAGUUAUGCCAAACGUCUUAUAGAUAUCCAAAAUAGAGGUUAUUAUGACCAAUAUGGUAGAGUUUAUACUAGCAUUAUUCCAUGUAAUGUGUUUGGUCCUAAUGAUAAUUUUAAUCCCAGUGCCAGUCAUGUUAUACCAGGUUUAAUGCGCAGACUCUAUGAUUUAAUAAAGGAUGGAAAUACAGAAGAUAAAGUAUUUACCAUAUUAGGUUCUGGAAAGCCACUAAGACAAUUUAUUUAUAGUUUAGAUUUAGCCAAGUUAAUAAUAUGGGUAUUGAGAGAAUAUAAUUCUGUGGAACCAAUUAUAUUAUCAGUCGAUGAAUCUCAAGAAGUUACAAUUUCUCAAGUAGCUGAGGCAAUAGCACAAGCUUUUAAUUUUAAAGGGAAGUUGAUAUAUGAUCUAUCUGCAGCUGAUGGACAAUAUAAGAAAACGGCAAGUAAUGCAAAACUACGAAAAUAUUUACCAGACUUUCAAUUCACGCCAUUUAAUCAAGCUGUUAAAGAUACCGUUGACUGGUACAUACAGAAUUAUGAUCAAGCAAGGAACUAA